AAGUAAAUCAAAUUAAAAACUAUACACAAUUUAAUUUUUUUUAAUUUAUUAUUUCAUAGUUAACGAUUUGUUAAUAAGUGACUGAAUAAUUUAACUAUAAUUACAACAGGUAAAAAUGUAUUAUUUUAGCGAAACGCAUAUUAUUUUUCUGAGAAUUAUAAUUUCAAAUGUUAUCAUUGUUUAUACAACUAAUGAAUUGAGCCAGAAUAUUGAAAAUCAAACAACUAUUACAAUUGAAAAAUUGGAUAAACUCUUCAAGGAGUAUCCUGCAUUCAUAAAGUUGACAUUACUAAAACAAGAUUAUUACACAGGAAAAAAUUUUUCCCGUUGUCCAAUGCCUUAUAACGAAAACACUAUAUUAGACGAUCCCGAUGUUGUGGCCUCUAAGUUAUUCAACCCAAGAGAAUGUAAAAAACCUUGGACAUGGACGCAAAAAAAUGAAAUAGAUGUUUGUGUACCCAUUGAUGGUACUAUUGGUAAAAGAUUAGGACAAAUCAUUCAACCAAGUCUUAAAAACAAUAGCGAUAUUAUCCAAAGUUAUACUCACUAUUUAAAUGUUAUCGAAAGUGUUGGUUUAACAUUAAUAGACAGAUUUUGUUUGUUUGAAAUUGAAGUUAUGAAUAGAUUUGAUGUGUUAGAGUGUACUGAAGAUUAUGAACACAAAUAUAGUUUAUUUAACAUUAAAAUUAAUAUUGAAAUAUUAGUCUUAAUUGUAGAAGAUUUUAAGCAACUCUUAAAAAAAAUUUCGUUUGCAUUUGAACAGUAUUAUAUUUCUACUUUACCUAUUGACUGUAUGAAAAAUAUCAUAGAGAAAAUGAUUAUGUAUUGUAAUGGUGUAGUUUUCGAAGACAAUGAAUUGAAAGAAUCAUUCAAAAAUUGUAGGGAACUAAUAAAAUCAAAAAUAAGUUAUGCUGCUUUAGAAAAUGAUCGAAAUUGGCAAUGGGACAUUAUUUCUGAUUGUAAACCUGAUGACAAUUCAAUGAUUAUUACACUAUAUAAAAAUAAUAAAAUAGGAUUAAAUCUAUUUACCUACAAUAAAUUACAAAAAAAUAUUUUAAAAUAAAAAUUUUCUUUUGCA